GGAAAGGAGCUCGAUCGUACAGUACCUUCGUCUGCAGAUCUGGUAAUGACUUCUUGGAACCUAAGGAGAGAUACGAAGGCAUAAUUUAAAGACCUGAUGAAACCUGGAUGUUAAUGGGGAAAAAGAUAAUUGCAAUGUGGUUGCUGUCAUUGUAAGUAUGAGACCCGAGAAAUUAUGCUGUGUUGUUUUGAAGUUUGUUAGAAUCUUGUCAAGGAAAACGAUCUUGUUUCCGUUCUAUAAGAUAAACCUGGAAUGAUUUGAUGAUCUUCAUCGAAAUCGGAAAGUUUUCCCCUGUUAACUUCAAGCAAAAUGGUGUUUAAAUCCUCGGAGAUAAAUCACAAAUCUGUCUUGUCCCGGUCUUCUAUAAUGCACACAUUCUAGAUUUCACACGUGCAUUUCGAACAGGCUGUUGGAUUAGAAAACUAUCGAGAUCUAUCUGAUACAUCAGGUUGUAAUCUAGUUCAUCACAUGAAUGAAAUUAAGCCCUAAAAACGCUCAACAAAUAAUGUAGCGAAGCCUAAGCCUAACUUCUAUGAUAUUUCCGUUGGGGUCACCCUGUGUUUUCAUCAUUCAUGUCAACAUUAAAAAUCAUCUUGAGAAGAUAAAACGGCACCCACACUUGAACUUGAACUAACACCUUAGAAAACUUUCAAUGACCAUGGGCUUAAACACCCAAAACUUGCUCCAUCUCUCAGCCGAGAACUUCUCCGCUCUCCUGAAAUCCAUCAGUGGCGAGAAGAUCCUCAUUUUAGAUUCGGGGAUCCUCAAACCUUUGGACAAAAUUAUGGGCAUGUCUUUACUCCGGGAAGCGGGUGUGAAGACCAUUCAUAGAUUAGAAAAUGUCGUCCCAGCCAGUUUCUUGAACUCAGCCCUUCAGUAUGUCUUUGUUUUGUUCCCAACCAUUGAGAGUUCUUCCCAAGUAUCGGGGAUUUUGGCCGCAAAUGGACUGGGGAAUGCCAACACCAGCCUUAUAUACGUGCCCAAACUCACCCGAAAAGUGUCUUUGUUCCUUGAAGAGCAUUGUGUUUUGGACCUAGUGCGACUGUACGAAUUCCAUUGGGAGUUCUUUCCCCUGGAUUCCAAUGUGUGGUCCAUGUUGUUGCCGCAAUGUGCCUUCUAUGAGCCAGGCGUGCAAAGUGAUGUGUCUAAUUAUCUAAUGUUGAAAUGCCUUCAUAGUGUGCAAGUUCUGUUUGGCAAAUUCCGCAAGAUGUCGGCGUUCGGAGCUCAAUCAAGUGCCUUGGUUCAAUACUUGGCCUCCAAAACCAUGGAAGAGAGUCUUUCUGAGCCCCCUUCCGACCAAGAUGGGGCCUUGGAUCAUUUAGUUGUCAUGGAUCGGUCCCUGGAUUUGCUCCCAGUCCUCCUGACCCCUUUAACCUACGAAGCCUUACUUCAUCAAGUGUUUGACGUCUCUUGUGGUCAGAUUGAACUUGAGCGGCCAAAAGCGGGUCUGAAAAAUACUGAAAGAACUGUGAUAGCACUGUCAAAUCGUGACAAAACAUUUGCCUCGAUCCGGUAUAAACCUUUCACGUCCAUUUUUUCAUUCCUGAGCUCGAACGCCCGGCGGUUGAAAGAGGUUCAGUCGUCUGCUGCCAAUAUGAAUGUCAAGGAGAUGAAAGACUUUGUUCAAUUCCAGUUAAAGGAUUUACAACAACAGUAUCAGUCCGUUUCCAUGCAUAUCAGUGCCAGUGAAAUUAUUCAAAAAUCCCUGGGACAUAUGAGUGAGCGAUCCAUUCACAUCGAAAACGGGAUUGUCCAAAAAGAGAGCAACAUUUAUGCCAAAACCUUUGCCUUUCUCCAAGAAGCCAUUGCCAGGGAGUUCCCAUUACCUCGAGUGAAGUACAUCAUCAGCUUACUCCACGUUUGCAUCGGCGGCCUCCAGUCACAAGAUAUUUCGUUUUUAAAGCGGAAAAUCUUGGAGGGAUAUGGAUACGACAAAGCGGAUGGAGUGCACAAGUUCUUUCUCUAUUUGGAAUCGGUUCAGGUCAAUUGCGUCUCCAAACAUUGCAUAGAUUCGCAAAUUACUCCCAAAAGUCAAAUUCCUGAAGGGAACCAUCCUAGUUUUGUGUUCGGGGGCCUUUAUCAGCCCCUGAUUUGCAGUCUAGUGAAUCGAGUACUGAAUGGGGGUGUGGAUCACACUAAAGAUCCCCUUCCCAAGUCUGUGCCCACCACAGUCCAUACUCGGCAAUCCAGCCCGGUGGCCAGGCCGAACAUUCUCGUUCUAUUCUUGGGUGGGUUCACCUAUGCCGAAAUUGCCGCUUUAAAUGCCAUUGAAAGAAACACGGGUGCCAAAAUUAUUGUGGCGAGUGACAUCGAUAUUCAAUAAAUA